CCACAGCUUGCAACAACCAAUUGCUGAUGCUGACAAGCUUGAGCUCGUUUGAAAUCGCAAACAACAGACUGCCUUAAGACCUGGUUGUCUACGCGUCGCACGUGCCCCAUGUGCCGCUAUGAUGUGGGAGCACAUGGCAGUCGCAACAUUGUACGCCGACCCAGACGGAGCGAACCUCAAGACGCAGCAAACACUGCAGCCUCGCUCCUACAAGAGCCUAACCAGUGAGCUCUCAGUCAUCGAUCAAGCUACGAUCCGCUCGCAUCGUCUUCACGGUGACUUGUCGAGCCUAGGUUUUCAACGAUGCCGCUGCUCGACACGCUUUCGACACACCGGUCCUCCCCGCCCUUCUCACGAUUGUUAUCACGAGACUUCUGACAUUGAUCAUGCACAAUCCUGCACGCGCACACACAUUUUCAAGGCUGGCUUCUUCAACAAUACUCUACUCUCACCACAGCCAAUGACAUUCGCCAUCAUAUAUCGCUACGAUGACUUCCCUCCAGACACCAUCGAAUGGGUGUCACUUCACUCCGCGUUUGCUCGUCCAUCUUGCCUCUUAUGCACACAUCUCCAUCAUUCUUACCAAGAAUUGUGAUCCACUUGUGCGGAUUUGGGCAUCACAUGACCCUUUGG